UCCAAUGUAAACAGAGCAGGCAGGGGCCCUGAUUCACUGGCCGCUGGGGCCAGGGUUGGGGGCUGGGGGUGCCCACAGAGCUUGACUAGUGGGAUUUGGGGGGGCAGUGGGUGCAGCGAGCCCCGUCCGUUGACUGCCAGCCUGCGGGCAGGUAGACACCGGCCGUGGGUGGGGGAGGCGGCUAGCUCAGUGGCCUUGGGCCGCGUGGCCUGGUGGCAGCGGAGCCAUGGUUUCUAAGCUGAGCCAGCUGCAGACGGAGCUCCUGGCUGCCCUGCUCGAGUCCGGCCUGAGCAAAGAGGCCCUGAUCCAGGCCUUGGGGGAGCCAGGGCCCUACCUGAUGGUUGGAGAGGGUCCCCUGGACAAGGGGGAGUCCUGCGGUGGGAGUCGAGGGGACCUGACCGAGUUGCCUAAUGGCCUGGGGGAGACGCGUGGCUCCGAAGAUGACACGGAUGACGAUGGGGAAGACUUCGCGCCACCCAUUCUGAAAGAGCUGGAGAACCUCAGCCCAGAGGAGGCAGCCCACCAGAAAGCCGUGGUGGAGUCACUUCUUCAGGAGGACCCAUGGCGCGUAGCGAAGAUGGUCAAGUCGUACCUGCAGCAGCACAACAUCCCCCAGCGGGAGGUGGUGGACACCACGGGUCUCAACCAGUCCCACCUGUCACAGCACCUCAAUAAGGGCACACCCAUGAAGACACAGAAGCGGGCCGCUCUGUACACCUGGUACGUCCGCAAGCAGCGAGAGGUGGCUCAGCAAUUCACCCACGCAGGGCAGGGCGGACUGAUUGAAGAGCCCACAGGCGAUGAGCUGCCAACCAAGAAGGGGCGGAGGAACCGAUUCAAGUGGGGCCCAGCAUCCCAGCAGAUCCUGUUCCAGGCCUACGAGAGGCAAAAAAACCCCAGCAAGGAAGAGCGAGAGACCUUGGUGGAGGAAUGUAAUAGGGCGGAGUGCAUCCAGAGGGGGGUGUCACCAUCGCAGGCCCAGGGGCUAGGCUCCAACCUUGUCACGGAGGUGCGUGUCUACAACUGGUUUGCCAACCGGCGCAAGGAGGAAGCCUUUCGGCACAAGUUGGCCAUGGACACGUAUAACGGGCCUCCACCGGGGCCAGGCCCGGGCCCUGCGCUGCCUGCUCACAGUUCCCCCGGCCUGCCCACAACCACCCUCUCUCCCAGUAAGGUCCACGGUGUGCGGUACGGACAGUCUGCAACCAGUGAGGCAGCCGAGGUGCCCUCCAGCAGUGGAGGUCCCUUAGUCACAGUGUCUGCGGCCUUACACCAAGUAUCACCCACAGGCCUGGAGCCCAGCAGCCUGCUGAGCACAGAGGCCAAGCUGGUCUCAGCCACGGGGGGUCCCCUGCCUCCCGUCAGCACCCUGACAGCACUGCACAGCUUGGAGCAGACAUCUCCGGGUCUCAACCAGCAGCCACAGAACCUUAUCAUGGCCUCGCUACCCGGGGUCAUGACCAUCGGGCCCGGGGAGCCCGCCUCCCUGGGACCCACGUUCACGAACACGGGCGCCUCCACCCUGGUUAUCGGUCUGGCCUCCACUCAGGCACAGAGCGUGCCUGUCAUCAACAGUAUGGGGAGCAGCCUGACCACGCUGCAGCCGGUCCAGUUUUCCCAACCACUGCAUCCCUCCUAUCAGCAGCCUCUCAUGCCCCCCGUACAGAGCCACGUGGCCCAGAGCCCCUUCAUGGCAACCAUGGCCCAGCUGCAGAGCCCCCAUGCCUUAUACAGCCACAAGCCUGAGGUGGCCCAGUACACGCACACCAGCCUGCUCCCGCAGACCAUGCUGAUCACAGACACCAACCUCAGCACCCUUGCCAGCCUCACACCCACCAAGCAGGUCUUCACCUCAGACACAGAGGCCUCCAGUGAGCCCGGGCUUCACGAGCCACCCUCUCCAGCCACCACCAUCCACAUCCCCAGCCAGGACCCGUCGAACAUCCAGCACCUGCAGCCUGCCCACCGCCUCAGCAACAGUCCCACAGUGUCCUCCAGCAGCCUGGUGUUGUAUCAGAGUUCUGACUCCAACGGGCACAGCCACCUGCUGCCAUCCAACCAUGGUGUCAUCGAGACUUUUAUCUCCACCCAGAUGGCCUCCUCUUCCCAGUAACCAUGGUGACUGCCUCCCAGGAGCUGGGUCCCCAGGGCCUGCACUGGCCUGCAUAGGGGGUGAGGAGAGCUGCAGCCACACUGCCCGGAGGAUAUCUGAGCCUGCCAUGUCACCUGACACAGGCUGCUGGCCUUCCCAGAAGUCUACGCAUUCAUUGACACUGCUGCUCCUCCAUCAUCAGGAAUGGAUGGCUCUGAGGUGUCUCAGCCUGAGAAGCAAGCCUCAAGGAGCCAGAGGACGGCCCAAUCUGGGCAGUAUUUUGGACCAUCAUCCCUGCUGUUUAGAAUGGAAAAUUUAAUGCUUGGGACAGAAGUGGGGAAGCUUGUGGUGCCUGCAUCCCUGAGUCAGAGCCUGCAGGCCCUCAAGGAUCUGUGCUGAGCUCUGAGGCCCUAGAUCAACACAGCUGCCUGCUGCCUCCUGUGCCUCCCCAGGCCAUUCCACCCUGCACCAGAGACCCACGUGCCAGUUUUGAGGAUUACCCUCCCCACCUUCCUACCCAGCUGUUCUGCUAGGCUCGGGAGCUGAGGGGAAGCCACCCGGGGCUCUCCUAGGCUUUCCCCUACCAAGCCAUCCCUUUUCCCAGCCCCAGGACCGCACUUGCAAGCCAUCUGUUCCCUUGGAUGUGUCUUCUGAUGCCAACCUGGCAUCUUGCCUCCACUAGAAAGGCCAUUUCAGGGCUCGGGUUGUCACCCCUGUUCCUUAGGACCUGCAACUCAUGCCAAGACCACACCCUGGACAAUCUGCUCCUCUGCCUGUAGGGCCCUGACAACUUCCUUCCUGCUGUGAGGGAGACCUGCAGAACUCAGAAGUCAAGACCUGGGCAGUGUCUAGUGGAGAGGGUACCAAGACCAGCAAAGAGAAGCCACCUAAGUGGCCUGGGGGCUGGCAGCCAUUCUGAGAAAUCCUGGGUCCCGAGCAGCCCAGAGAAAUACAGCACACAUGACUCUGUCUCCUCGGGCCUACUGCAGGGAACCUGGCCUUCAGCCGGCUCCUUUGUUAUCCUGGACUGUAGCCUACGGCUGACCAUAAGUGAGCCUGUAUGUUUAUUUAACUUUUAGUAAAGUCAGUAAAAAGCG